AUGAAGAGAAGACACUCUGGUUCGUCGACUGGUGAAGAGACGCUCAGCAAGCGCGUCGACAACCGAGCAGCAAAUCGUUCCGUAAAAAGAGACGGAAUCGCGCAAAGCAGUGAUAGAGACAAGAAGAAGCCAAACGACCAGGCCAGCAAUGUCAAAGCAGAGGAGCCCACGACCUCCGACAACGCCGGCGCAGAGAAGAAAUGGAAAGCAUGGUCCGCCCACGCGACAUCCACGCCAUACCCUGACUUCGGCCACCCCACAAACCGCGAGUGCCAACUAGCCUACGACAUCCUUCACAAACUGCACAACACCGCCGUAGAAGCCGAGUUCGAAGACACCAACACACCCGAGACAAUCCCAUUCGUCCUCGACGCCCUCAUCGUCGCCGUGCUCAGCCAAGCCACGAGCUGGAACAAUGCGAAACGCGCAAUGGACAGCAUGAAAGACAUCUACGGCUCGGUGUUCGCUUAUGAAGAGAUAUACAAUGGGGGAUCGGAAAAGUUACAAGAGACGAUCCGCUGCGGCGGCUUGCACAUCAGAAAGACCAAGAUCAUCAUGUCCAUCCUCGAGGAAGUGAAGCGUCGCUACGGGCGCUGGAACCUGGACCAUCUCCUUGAAGCAAGUGACGAAGACGCCAUGAAAGAGCUCAUGAGCUACAAGUACGUGGGCCCAAAGUCUGCGUUCGUAGUAAUGGGCUGGUGCUUGAAGAGGAACAGGUUCACGGUUGACACGCAUGUGUAUCGCAUUGCUGGCUUGUGGGGAUGGAGGCCGAAGGAGGCGAGUCGGGAGAAUACGCAGUUGCAUUUGGAUGCGGUGAUCCCGCCGGAGCUGAAGUUUAAGUUACACUUCUUCCUUAUCCAGCAUGGUAGGACCUGUCCUGCUUGCCGCGGUGGGAGCAAGGAUACGAAGGGGUGUGAGGUGCUUAAGGAGGUGAAGCAGAAACUGAAGAAGACGGAUUAG